UUCCAAGCGCCACUCGGCACUCAGUUUACUACAAUCGCAAACCGACGCCGCAUGUCGUUUCGCGCGCCGUUUCGACCCGUGUGUAUGGUGUUAGUGGAAUAACAUAACAGCAAAUUGUUUUGUGCUGUGUUAUUAUUGUGUGAUAGUGUCAUACUGCUGGUGCGACCGAUCCGGUUCACAUUGUUGUGAUGCAUUUGAGGAUAUACCUAUGGCUGUCUUGUGUAGUCCUCGCAGGAUACGUUCGAGCGACAGAGGACGCUGCCGCAGAAAAACCAACAGAAGAAACUGUAGUUCAAAUCCAAAACGACGUCCACUCGCCUCAGGACCCCGACCUGUUCAUCGACAAUGCUGAUGAUGGCUCGGGCCUAGACACAGACGAGAGCUCGGGCUCCGGGUGGGGAGCUGGCCCCGGCCCCGACGACGAGGACGGCCGAGGAUCAGGUGAAGAGCCCUUCGGACCCCCCGAUGACGAAGACUAUGGCAUCACCACCACCGACAAAGACGAAACAGAACGCACCAUCGUUGAAACAGCUAUCACACCUGAAAGUCCGGAUUCCGACGACAUAGAUAUCCCUGAGCCUACAGAAGCUCCUGUAGUUCCCGAAGUGGAACCCCCGCUCCAAACACCAACAGACCCCAAGCCGAUCGAUGUGCUCAUUCCUACAACAAGGAUCAGGCAAGAAGGGACCUCCGAGGAGGGCAGAGGCGCGGGGGAGGAGCAACCCUCGCGCCCGGAGACAGACAUCAGCAUCUCUGGCGAGGAUCUCGUGCCACCAGUCGACCAGGAGCCUUCAGGCAGCAACGUGAACCAGGACACGCGGGCGCCAGACAAAGUGGUCAUCAUGAACGCGAAGCCCGAGGACCGUGCCACCAGCUUCUUCGCGCAGCCUGGUAUUCUCGCCGCCGUGAUUGGCGGUGCAGUAGUAGGGCUACUAUGUGCAAUCCUGGUGGUGAUGUUCAUAGUAUAUCGAAUGCGCAAGAAGGACGAGGGGUCGUACGCGCUCGACGAGCCCAAGAGAAGCCCUGCCGCAGCGUCGUACGGCAAGGGUCACAACAACCGCGAGUUCUACGCGUGAGACGACACAGAGCAACCAACGCCACGUAUUUACUAGUCGCCGGUCACGCCUCGACUGACCGGUCAACCGUCUGCAGACCAGCCAUUCCAUUUUUAAAUUUUGACAGUUACACACCAUACCACGCGAAACGCGCGGCAAAAUAAACAAAAGUAAUUUAUUAAUUUAUGAACGUGGCUAAAAUUGUUCUGUGAUUUAUUUUAAAAAAUUACGAUCGAUGAAAUUAUUUAUUGUUCUAUAAAUGUUUGACAUGGAUACAUUUGUAAUGUACGGCAUGUACAGUGAUGUACAAGCCCGGUACAAAAGAUACAGAAUAUUUUCUGUACGAGAUGACAGCAUGAUAGAAAUUAAAUUGUUAUUAAAUUAUCAUCUUUGAGACCAAGUUUUUUAAUCAUUUGUGUGAUGAUUUGAAAUGGUGUUUAUCAGAGGUGUGAGUCUCUGUUGGAAGACCAAUGUGGUUCGCAUGUAUUGUUCUGAAUGAUCGAUCUUGUCUGUAAAAUAUGAAUUUUGUGCCAUCCGCUUUCCUUCAACUGUAUAUUGCCAACUCUCUUCGCAUAGACUAUGGAGUCUUGAAUAUUGUUUGUGGACACGUCCAUACCUACGACUAUUACGUGUAAUAUAAUUAUGUAUGUGUGUAUGUAUUUAGAUCGAACUCUCUAAAAAAUAAGUAGAUUUUGUAAUAUUUUGCUUCCAGUUUGUCAUCGAAAUUAUUAUUUUUUUACUGAACAAAUAUUGUACCUAUUUAUCAAUAUCCAAUACCAACAUUGAUUUACAAUUGAAAUCUACUUCAUACCAUAAACAAUUGGGUUUUAUUUUUAGUUUUAAGACACUAAUUUUAUUUAAGAUUUUUGUUGUCACCUUGGGGUUAAUUAUUUUAGGAAUUGACGUAUCUCUAUUAUUUAGAUUGUUUUUUUAAUUUAGUUAUAGAUAUUUUAAUCUCAUUUUAUUUGAUUGUAAUUUCUGGAAAUAGGUUGUGCAUCGAUUUCUUUUACUUUGUAAUUUUGCUUGUGUGCCAUCUUCGAAUUUCAAAUACUUUUAAACAAUCGUUGACAUUAGUAAAUAAGACGUUUAUGGAAUGCACUUGUGUUGUUUAUGGUCACAGAUAUAUUCUAGAAUAAUCUAGGCACACGGUCACAUGUCAGAAAAUGAGUCAAAAAUAAGCCAUUCCUUUCAAAUUCAACGAAACAUUUACUAAUGCAAACGCAAAUAGCCAGUGUUAUUAAAUUCAAUUAAUUUAAGUAACACAUUGUGUCAAUUAAUUUAUUUAAAUUAAUAGAAAAAUUACAUGGAUCACUGUAAUUAACGAGAUUGUUAAUAGCAAAAUGUUUAAUUGUUUUUUAAUAGUUCACUGCAAUACUACUUAUACGUGUAGCUGAUACUGGAUAUAAAUGAAACAUUGAGUGUAUAAAUAUAUGAAAGAAGUCGAAAUUUAAAACAUUUCAUUAGAAACUUAGUUAUUGGGAAACGCUCCUGUUCUAGAUUUUUCUAGAUCUCAACCGCUCGCGCAUCGAAAUUACUUUAAAUUCACAAUAAUCAUAAAAACGGACGUAAAUCCCAGUUUCAAACAAAGAAAUGAGAUGAAAACAAAUUAAGGUCAUUGUCAAACGCGAAUGUUAAAUGCCUAAUAAUUCGUUCCCUCAGUGCUCAGAAUUAGACCGUAGCUGGAUCGAAAAAGGACACAGAAUUUAGACCUACAACAACAUCGGUGCUUCCAAUAAAAUGGCACUAAAUUUUUAUACUUAUUCAGCAUAUAAUUCAAACAAGCGGCUGAUUUCUAGAAAAAUCUAACAAAAAAAAACUAAAUAUCCAAAUACAUUCCUAUCGGAUUGGUACAUUUAAGCUGUAGAGAGUUAACGCUCGUUAGAAAUAAGAAAUUUGUACAUUGUAAUUGUAAAUUCUUUUAGAAGUUAAUAAAACUGAGUAAUUUAUACGGUAAUAAUAUUGUGUAACCAAAUAUAACUAGUUUGUACCUACUAACGUGUUUUGUUGCAACUCUGUUUUAUGAUAAUCAUUGGUUGCUUGAAUGCAUUCAUUAAAUUAUAUCACGCAUGAACAAAAAGUCUAACAGAUAGUAUCUAUUAUAUGGUGAACAACGAACUAUGUAGUCGUAAUCUAUGGUAGAAACAGACUACAAAAUAUACCCAGAAAGAAAA